AUGAAUACCUCUGGAUUCAGAGCCUGUGUCAAGGAAUUAUACGGGACCAGAUAUGACCCCUUGUCCGUCGGUUAUGCCGUGCUCACAGGUCUGUAAUAUUACUGAGUUCAUUUAUGAAGUAGUUUUUAGCAAAUGAAAAAAGAAACGUUAUUUGUUACCGGAUUCAUCUGGAAAUACUUUGGAAAUGCCCUAAACUAAUAACACAAUGCAAGUUGAUGGUUUUGCAGGUUAUGGCGUAGUCAAGAGAGUGUACCUGUUGACAUAAAAAAGAUUCUUGAAAUUCUUUCAAGUUAUAAUUUUCCUACCCCUCGAACAAUUUCACCGUUUAAUUAAAAGUUUCCUUAAAGGAUAAAUAACGUAGCCUCCCCGCAGACGUCCUUUGGGGUUCGUUUGUCACGCAUUCAUGCGUGACAAACGAACCCCAAACUGACGUCUGCGGGGAGGCUAUAAAUAACGAGGAUGAAAGACCUUGCUAGAAAUUAAAAGCAUCAUGCUUAAAACAAUCGUUUGAAUAGUUCGAUAUAUUUUAUAUCUAUGCGAGUGGUAUAUCCCUAUCGCUAGCCUUCUGUCCAAUAAUAUCUUACUAGUACCUUGAAACCAUUAAGCUUUGGAAAACAUUUUCGCAUCUCGCUCCUAACAGUACUGCGAGUGAGAUGCUGCUAAGGAUUUAUCAAUCCGGCAGUUUAUUUGAAUGUAUAUAUUUUUGACGCUUACGUUUAUCUGUAUUUCGCAGACAUCUGUGAACCUGGCUGGAACUAUUUCAACGGCUUUUGCUAUUUCACAAGUAAGACUUGUCAAAAUUGGACCACAGCACUGGAUAAAUGCCGACAAGAAAACUCGGUUCUUGUUGAUGUCCAAAAUAACGAAGAAAAUGUGUUUUUACAGCAUCUACACAAUGGAGCAAAAUCCUGGCUGGGAUUGAAUGAUAUUUUCACAGAGGGCUCCUUUACUUGGGCAGAUCGUGGCCUGUGA